GCAACAUGGUGGAUGAGUUGGCGCUGCAGAUCAGAAUCAUCAAAUUGGCUACAAAUAUGACCCAUGAGAUCAGUGGGUGGUAACGAGAUGGAAAUACCUCUUCCAUGCAAGGAAACAAGAAACUUAGCGGGCCAUCUAGGAGCCGCACGAGCCGUCAGAUUUAAUUACGACGGCAACUACUGCCUGACAUGUGGCAGCGAUAAACUUUUGAAACUGUGGAACCCUCACAAAGGUUCUCUCCUAAAAACGUACAGUGGACAUGGAUAUGAAGUACUUGAUGCUGUGGGAUCCAGUGAUAAUAGUCGGGUGGCUAGUUGUGGAGCUGAUAAAUCUGUUAUACUUUGGGAUGUGGCAACUGGACAAAUUAUACGCCGCUUUAGAGGACACACUAGUAAAGUGAACUGUGUGAAGUUUAACCAACCAGACAGCACAGUAUUGAUAUCUGGUUCAUAUGAUGCCAGUGUACGGUGCUGGGAUUGUAAAUCACGUAGUCCUGAGCCAAUACAGAUUCUUGAUGAUGCCAAAGACAGUGUACCUUCCUUGUCUGUGUCUCAACGUGAAAUUCUGUCUGGAUCCGUUGAUGGCAAAGUCCGUAACUAUGAUAUCCGCAUGGGUCAGUUGCGAGUAGAUUGUAUUGGCCAGCCGGUGACCAGUGUGAGUUUUACUAAGGAUGGUCAGUGUGUGCUGGCUUCAACAUUAGAUGACACCAUUCGCCUAAUGGAUAAGGACACUGGGGAGUUACUGAAUGAGUUCACAGGUCAUAUAAACAAAGACUAUAAAGUGGACAGCUGCCUAAGUAGCAGUGAUGCACAAGUUGUCAGCGGCUCAGAGGAUGGCAGAAUUUAUUUUUGGGAUCUAGUUGAAGCUAAGAUAGUACACACCCUGGAUAAAGCUCAUGAGUCUGUUGUUUACUCUCUAUCUUAUCACCCUACAGAAAAUUACCUUCUGUCAGCAUCUUCAGAUGGAAAAGUAAAAGUUUGGCAUGAUUCAAAUUGGACACCAGAGUAACUACUGUAUUUAUUCACUUUUAAGGUGCUCCAUUUUUUACAAGAAAAUAAUGCUUGUUUGAUCAAAAUCUGCUCAAAACUUGGGGUGCGUCUUAUAACCGAGUAUUUUUGCACAACAAAAUAUAACUUUUCCAAAUUUCCUUGGCUGGUAGUAACCCAUCGAGGCACAUUUGGCAGUCAUCUUUAACUCGCCGGAGAACAAGACAUGCUGUUGGUUUCUCCAUUUACGGACCAUCGAUUCCGAUAAACUGUAUUCAUGAGCAAUUUCACAAUUGUUGCUCACGCCUUCCGCUUCUGCUACGAUGUUCAACUGAAAGUUUAGAUCAUAGGAAUGAGGAGGAGUGCUUGGCAUAUUUAAUUAAAAUUUACGGUAUGCUGAACGAAUGCUCGAAGAUUAAGAUGUCUGCAACUGAUGAAUGAAAGAUCUGUCAGAGGAGUAUUGUAUUUUUUUAUAUAGACACUGAUGAAAUACCAGGAUUUCUCCUUUUACUAAAGAAUAAUAUCUUCACCGUG